CGCCGCCUCCAUUAUAUAAAUUUCGUUUCGCUCUAAAGCGCCUUAAAAACUGAAGCGGAAGCAUCUUCCAGGAAAGAGCGAGAGUUUUCAGAGAGAUUAGCACAGAGAGAGAGUGAAAAUUGAAGGAUUGCUCUGUUUCUGCAACUCUGUUUGUAGAGAUAAGGACAGGCAGCUGCAAUGACAUCUUCUCUCAGUAGAGACCUCAUCUUCCUAAUUUUACAGUUUCUUGAUGAAGAAAAGUUGAAGGAAACUGUGCACAAGCUUGAGCAAGAAUCAGGAUUGUUUUUCAAUGUAAAGUACUUUGAGGAGCUUGUCUUGAAUGGCAACUGGGAUGAGGUUGAGAAGUAUCUGUCUGGGUUUACCAGAGUGGAUGACAAUCGCUACUCCAUGAAGAUUUUUUUCGAAAUCCGCAAGCAAAAGUAUCUCGAGGCACUGGAUAAGCUUGACCGGGCCAAGGCUGUAGAUAUUCUGGCAAAGGAUUUAAAGGUGUUCUCAUCUUUCAAUGAGAACUUGUUUAAGGAAAUUACUCAGCUCCUCACAUUGGACAAUUUCCGGGAAAAUGAUCAACUCUCCAGUUAUAGGGACACAAAGACAGCAAGAGCAAUUAUGUUGAUUGAGAUCAAGAAGCUUGUCGAGGCCAAUCCCCUUUUCCGUGAUAAAUUGCAACUUCCUUACAUAAAAGGCUCAAGGCUGCGGAUGCUUAUCAACCAAAGCUUGAAUUGGCAGCAUUCCCUUUGUGGAAAUUCAAGGCAAAAUCCUGAUAUAAGAACUCUCUUUGUGGACCACAAUUGUAAAAAUUCCAAUGAUGCAUAUGCCCAUUUUGCUGCAAGCAAUCAAUUCAUAGGUUCUGCUCCAAAAACUGAAGGUUUUCUUCCAAUGGUUGCAAAUGGGCCAUUCCAACCUACACCAGCACCAUUACCAGUGCAAACUCCUCUGACCACAUGGAUGUCUAAUCCCUCAACUGUAACUCAUCCAAUAGUUUCUAGAGGUGGCUUGAGUUUUGGCGGCCUGAACACAGGUAUAGCUGCAAUGCCAAAGGGUAUUGGAGAUUCUAAUGCUUCUAGACCAAGGAUAUCUGGAGUUCAAGACAAGUUAAUGUUACCAGGAAAUAAUCCUGGUCAAAAUCCUCAUGGCUUGGCUCUUAAUAUAAUUGAUGAAUUGCCCAAGACUGUGGCUUUUCUGCAGUUAAUGUUACCAGGAAAUAAUCCUGGUCAAAAUCCUCAUGGCUUGGCUCUUAAUAUAAUUGAUGAAUUGCCCAAGACUGUGGCGCGAAUACUAAAUCAGGGUUCUGCUCCCACAAGCAUGGACUUUCAUCCUAUUCAACAAACUCUACUUCUCGUUGGAACUGGCAUUGGAGAUAUUAGCUUGUGGGAAGUUAGUUCUAGGGAGAAGUUGGUCUCCAAAAAUUUUCAGGUAUGGGAUAUUGGAGCAAGUUCAAUGAUACUGAAGGCAUCUAUAAUCAAAGAUCCUUGUGUUGCUGUUAAACGCAUACUAUGGAGUCCUGAUGGUUCUUUAUUUGGAGUUGCAUAUUCCAAGCAUAUGCUGCAGUUAUACACCUAUUACGGUGGACAAGAUAUUAGGCAUCAUUUGGAGAUUGAUGCUCAUAUUGGAAGUGUAAAUGAUCUCGCAUUCUGCAACCCCAACAAGCAACUCUCUGUUAUUACUUGUGGUGAUGACAAGACCAUCAAGGUCUGGGAUGUGGUUACUGGUGCAAAACUACAUACAUUUGAAGGUCAUGAUGCUCCUGUACAUUCUAUAUGCCCUCAUACUAGGGACAAUGUUCAUUUUAUCUUUUCAACAUCAGUGGAUGGAAAAAUAAAGGCGUGGUUAUAUGAUUCAUUGGGAUCCAGGGUUGAUUAUGAUGCUCCUGGUCACUCAUGCACCACAAUGGCCUACAGUUCUGAUGGGAAAAGGCUAUUUUCCUGUGGGACAAGUAAAGAGGGAGAGUCACACAUGGUGGAAUGGAAUGAAAAUGAAGGUUCCAUAAGGAGAACAUAUCAAGGGUUUCACAAACGUUCUUUGACAGUUGUUCAAUUUGACACUAGCAAGAACAGGUUCAUGGCUGUUGGUGAUGAUUGCUCAAUCAAAUUUUGGGAUAUGGAUAAUCCCAAUAUCUUGAUAGCCAUUGAUGCUGAGGGAGGACUACCGGCUAGUCCGCGAAUCAGAUUCAACAAGGAAGGAACAUUGCUGGCAGUUUCUGCAAAUGAUAAUAGAAUCAAGAUCUUGGCAACUAUCGAUGGGCUACAUUUGAUGCGCACAUUUGAAGGUCAUUCUCUCAUUGCUUCUAGAAUUGGAGUAGCAUCUGAGAUUUUAAUAAAGAAUGGUGAUACUAGAAACUUGGAUGAUGUAAAACCAAGGUCGCUUGAAGAACCAAACCCGGCAAAGACAUGGAAGCUUGUUGAGAUCAAUGAUCCUUCCCGGCUUCGGAUGUUGAGGCUUUCUGCUCGUGUUAAACCAGACAAGAUUGCAAGGUUGAUCUACACAAAUUCAGGCUCUGCCAUCUUGGCUCUAGCACUGAAUGGAAUUCACCUACAUUGGAAGUGGAUUCAAACAGAUAAUUCAGUUGGGAAGGUGACAACCAAGGUUGCCCCUCAAUUGUUUCAACCAUCUUCGGGCAUGUUAAUGGCCAAUGAUAUAAAAUAUGCUAAACCUGAAGAGGCUGUGCCCUGCUUUGCUUUGUCUAAGAAUGAUUCCUACAUUAUGUCAGCAUCUGGAGGGAAAAUUUCCUUGUUCAACACUAUGACAUUUAAGACAAUGACAACAUUUAUGUCUCCGCCGCCAGCAGCAACAUAUCUUGCUUUCCACCCUCAAGAUAACAACAUAAUUGCAGUAGGCAUGGAUGAUUCCACUGUACACAUAUAUAAUGUUCGCGUGGAUGAGGUUAAGAGCAAGCUUAAGGGCCACUCUAAGAGAAUUACUGGCCUUGCCUUCUCUCAUGUGUUGAAUAUGCUUGUUUCAUCUGGGGCAGAUGCUCAGAUUAUUGUGUGGAACUCUGACAACUGGGAAAGACAAAAGAGUAUUUCAUUGCAAAUUCCAGCUGGGAAGACACCUGCAGCAAUGUCAAAUACCCAAGUUCAAUUUCAGCAGGACCAGAUCCACUUCCUUGUAGUACAUGAGACUCAGCUUGCCAUAUAUGAAACGACAAAGCUUCAAUGCAUAAAGCAGUGGACUGUUGGAGAAUUUUCAGCACCGAUCUCUCAUGCAACAUUCUCAUGUGAUAGCCAGCUAGUAUAUUGUAGCUUCUUGGAUGGAAUUCUGCGCAUAUAUAAUGCAUCCAACCUCGAAGUUCAGUGUCAAAUUAACCCUUGCUCCUAUUUUCAAUCAGAUGUUGUCAGUUCUACAGUAUACCCACUUGUGAUAGCUGCACAUCCCCAAGAACCUCACCAGUUUGCUAUAGGGCUAACAGAUGGCAGUGUCAUAGUCUUUGAGCCUCUUGAAUCUGAGGGUAAAUGGGGUUUGCACCCGAAUGUUGAGACUAGGCCAGCAUCUGCUAUCGGCAUUCCUCCUCCUAACCCUCCCAUCAUUGCGCUAGAUCAACCGCGGAGCUUGGAAUAAACUAACCAUUUUCUCUGUCUGCUUGUUUAAAUAUCAAGUUCUGUGUGUAUAUAAGUUAGGAUUAGUAUUUAAACUUAAUUAGCUGAAAAUAUGCGGUAAUACUAGCUGUUUUAGUAGUUCAAUGGUAUCAGAUAGUGACUACAUGGAGUUUGAGAACUUCUUUAAAUGGCUUAAUUUUACCCAGUAAUCUUAGCUUUCUCCAUUCCAGGAUUUCUUGGAGAAAGAUUUUGUUUUGUUAGCUACUUUUUGUUUCUUUUGGAAUUAUGUUGAGAAUUUAAGGAUUAAAGUAUUUAGCAGUGGCUGCCUGAAACAUUUGUAGAUGCAAUUCUAAGGGGUCUGGACAUGUUUUUUGUUUUUCCUGCC